GGCAACGAACAACGUGAACGCCAAUUUGAAUCGAAAACACGAGCGUCGCAAAUAAACCAAAUUCAAAUACAAAUUCGAAUGGAAAUUAAAACAACACACACGCAUAGCGGACGGCAACAUUGCCUUAGAAAUUGAGACGCGCCGUGAGGAGUGAACUGGCAGCAAGGUGUUUGAUUAGCCACCUAUUUGAAUUGCUGACUAGCUAUUGAGCGCCCAAAAAUUAUGCUCACAGCGUGCGCUCUAAAACUUUUUUCGCCUAAAUACGCUCAGCGUUGGAGCUGACGUUAAGUUAUUUUCAUUUUUGUUUUGGCGACGAGUAAACAGUUCGGCGUGAACUGUUUUGUGCUAGUGGCAGGCGUGAUUGAAUUCUAAUUUUUGAAAUUAAAUCAAAGUUAACGGGAGUAUUUAGCGAAAAUAUGUUUUCGUACGUUUUCGGAAUAAUCAAACACGAAAGGCAAAUAUACAAAGUGACAUAGUGAGUUGUGCUGAAAAGAGCUUUCACAGGAGAAAAGGGACUAUUUUCUAAACGUAGUGACGAAUGCGUGGAAAACAUUUGUGCCCGUAAGAUUUAAAACAAAACAAAUCUAGUGCAAAUUAUAUUUGAAACGAAGCGUGAAGAAACAAGCAUAAACGACGGACGCAGCAGAAAUAGAAUUUGUCUAAUUUAUGGCUCUCUUUCUUAUUGUUUUUAUUAAUUUGUAAUUAUAAACGCGCUACACGCAACUGUCUUUACACCGUUUAACGGCACAUCCGGCGGAAAUUCGUUUUUGGCCAUCUUCAUAUUGGCGGCGAACUGAACGCAUAGUGGAGCUGGCUAUUAAAAGCGUAAACACACGCACAAACGCAGCUAGUGGGUGGAGCAACAAGUGCUCUGCCAAAAUUUUGUAAACGACAAACGGCGGAGAGUUUGUCGUGCCCUUCUUUGCGGAAGGCUGACAAAAUGUCUGUGGAUAACCCAUAUUACUUCUACAAUGACAGCAAGUCGCCGCGCACGCCGGAUUCUCAGAGCUCUAACAAGACAUUUUCCAUAUUCAAGCGACGCAAUUCGAAAGGCAGCAGUCCGCGGGUCAUCAUACCGGAACAGACGCGGCUAAUCACUUCGGCGAAUCUCGAUUCGGCAGCCACUAUGGCGUUAGGGAGUCCGCGUGGCAGUUUCGGUUCUUUAGGCGGCUUCUCACAACAAUCUUUUGAAAUGCAGCCAUUGAUGUAUCGUCAGCGUUCGUCGAACUCACACUCGGAGACGUUCCGUGAACGGCUGGGCUCCUAUAACGAAUCUAAUUCCUCGAUGUGCGGUGUUGGCGGAGGCGGUGGUGCAGGCAGUGACUUUGAUGAUGUCUUUUGCAUGUCGCCCUCAAGCAAACAUCAUCACACACUGCCGAACAGCAAUGCACGUCGUCACUCCUUCGGCAAUUGGCGGCAGGCGAGCGAACGUCAUAACCACAAGAACACGGGACUCAGCACACCGGAUGAGGUGCCAAAUAUGAUGGCUCCACGACCGCCCGUCUUAUCGCCAAAUAAAUAUCGCGGUUUGCAUCGGCGAAGAGAUAACUGCGGCACAGCAAGCAACUCAUCAUCCAACAGUUCGGGCGCCUACAAUAUGGACGACAUACUUAUUAUCACUGCUAAGCAUAGUGAACGCGCCAUAUUGCGCGCCAAUUUCCUGAAGAAUCAUUUCGACAAAAUCACAAAACAGCGUGGACGCAAGCCUUUCAACUUUUUGCACAUCAAGAUCGAAGAUGGUCCCUUCAGUGAGGAGAUCGCACACAAAUACCAAAACACCGCCUUACAGAUUGUCAUACUCUGUCCAGCGCUAUUGGCGCUCUCACACUCAUUUCUUCUCUCACAGUUAACUGCCAUUAUACGUGUGGAGAAAGUAUUGGGUAUCCUUUUGGAUAUUUCGGAGGAUAAAGUCAAGGAGAUACAAAAAACAGCACUACCAAGCUACUACAAAUGGCGUCGGUGCACCAUACGCGACAAUGACCAAGCGCAGAUCAGCAAUAUACUCGGCAUAGCUACAGAUAUUUUAGGUCGCGCACUAUGUCAGCGACCACCGUGUCACGAAAACAGCAGCAUUUCGCGUAGUUUCUCAAGUUGCUCGGAGGGUUUCACUAUACUACCAAAAAAAGUGAAGAUCGGACAAAAUAAAGUCGUGGCAAUGCUAGCCGAACCGCUAGAAAAAGAUGACACUAUCAAGCUAAUGGUGGAGAAAUCUGGUGAGCUAAUUGAAAUCAGAAAUUUCAAGUGCCGCAAUCCAUACACAGUGCAGUUCUCAAUACCAGAGUCCUGUAUGGAAAUCUCAACUAUGGUUGAGAUACGUAUUGAAAAAAAUGAGAAAAGUCUCGGCGCUCGCCCCAUCAAAUGUGAAAGUCGCAUGCGCGAGCUCGAACAGUUGUUGCGCACCGAGGACUCUCCCAUCGAAUUCAUGUGCCACUCACUAGGCAUUGGACCAGCAGAACGCGAUGCGCUCGACCUGCACUUGCUACAGUGCUUCCAGAAGAAUAUGCCGCCAAAUUUUCAUUUACUCAACGGUGCCUAUGAGAAGCAACAUCACUUCCUAACCAUACGUGAAUCAAGUCCCGAAGAAUAUCCCACACUUUUACAUUUUUCAGCACGUUGGGGUCUUAACCGUCUGUGUAUUCAGUUGAUGGAAUGCCCGGGCGGUGAUACCGCAUGUGGUAUACGUAAUUGUAUCGGCAAAACACCCGCCGAACUGGCCGAACAGGAGGGACAUCACAAGCUAGCGACGAACAUUGUUAGUUUUUCUGAGUUUCACGAACUCACCACUAUGUAUCACUACUUCAAGGGUAUAAGUAGUUCCACUGGACACAACAACAAUAAUCAAGCAAUGGUAAAUGGAAAAAUGGCUAACAGCAAUCACAACCUUAACAACCAGAGUAACAACAAGGUCGUUAUUGACGCUGUAAGGUCGACGCCGGCGUCCCCAAAAAUGAACCAACCGAAACCACAAAAACCCACACUACAAGAACCGCAGGAAUUACAACCUGCCGAGUAUAUGGAAAUGUCAAGUGGUUCUGAACGUGAGAAUACACCCGACGCCAAACCAAAUACAGAGACAUUAGCCGUAUCGAACUUAAAUUACAUUAGCGUAGAAAUAGAGGAUGAGAAUUUACAAGGCUCCUUCGCCGAUGUUUGUAAGAAUUUUGAGAAGGUUGUAACUACACCCGAAGUAACAACGAAUGAAUUACGUAUAAGUGAACCACCUUACUACCAAUCAAAGGAGCAGAAUAGAUCUGUUGAUGUCACUGAUUCGCCUUACCAAUCGGAUAAGUUCAGUCAUGAAUGUUCACAGUUGCUGGAAAACUGCAUCGGCACAACCGCCAGUAACGAUUAUGUACUUCAGCCAGCGAAUAUACCAAUGCCACCCAAACCAGCUAGUACACAAACACCAACAGUCGCAACCAACGCAGAUACUGAUGAUGGCAAUUACCUCUUUCAGCCUUCGAACCGACCAGUCGAAAACGAAUUGCUGCCACAGAACCGUCUCAGCUUGAGCCGUUCAUUAAGCUCUUCCUCUCGCGGUGGACAAAACCCCACAUAUGGCACGUUGAAACGUACCGCCUCAGACGCGUCUAGUGUAACAACACGUUCCAAUGCCGACGAUGAAUUGGCCGAAAUUAUGCACGACUUCAAGAACAAUGUGCUCAGCAUACGCGAUGUGGAGUUGUUGGUCGAAAAAUGGAAACACCGCAACGAUGUGCAACAGAGUUUCCGCGAGAAACAAGAGCAAAUCGAUCAGUUGCGUAAGGAAUACGAUCGUAUACAGGAAAAUUUGAGAUCACAGUUGAAGCGUGAGACACCCUUUGAGAAAAUCAAGAAACUUUUUUCAAGGCACAAAUCAACAACGCAUUUACCGGAGAAGGCGUCAUGUACUGACAGCGUGCUUGACGAAACGAAAUCUUCCAUCACAACCAGUUCAAGUUUUAAAUCUUCACAGCGUCCCAUUAGCUCGCUAAGCUUGCAAAGUGUUUCUUCAUCUUCGUCUUCGGGCCGUCUCAGCACUGGAAGCAAUUGCAGCGGCACAUCACUAGGUGAUUCUGGCACACACUCUGACCACGAAGAGCGACGUUUCGGAUGUCGUCUUGCUUCACCCGCCGCGCUUAUGGAUAACUAUCUUGUACCGCCACCACCACGUCCCGUACUAACACCAAAUUCAACACCCGGUGAAGAGCGCCAUCAGCUCGUUUUCCCCUCACCGAAAUCAUCACUCCAACGGCUAAACACACCCACAAGUCCGACCGAUGGCGAACACUAUCAGAUGUUCCCCUCUAACAUACCCGUCUACACCAGUCAGAACUUGUCGACGUCACAGCCCAACAACUACCUGAACACAAUUAUAGAGGCCAAAGAAAAUGACGCCAGUACCGCUUGCAGCAACAGCGGUGGCAAUCAUCAAUACCAAAAUGGCGUCACUCUGCAACCCAUCAAAAUUAACGAACGCGCGAAUAUCAUCUAUGGCAAGCUGACGAAGGCAUCGUCCCCGUGCACCUCAUUUAAGCCGAAGCAAAUUGCGGUGCCACAGGUGGGCAGCAUUGAAGUGCAGGCUGAAGUUUAUCAGAAUGUCGGCGCAAACUUGGAACAGAUCAAGGAAGUUGAGGCGAUGAAAGAGGGGAAAGAGAAUGGCACAGUGGCGGCAGCGGUUACCGAGUCACCAAACUACAUGAACUGCUGAACGAAGUUUGCUAAAGUGGUCGGUGGUAAAAGCUCUUGGACCCUAAGGUGACGGAGUAAAUCGGCCUUUACUUUUCGGAAAAUUUAUAUUUGCAUGUGUUUCAUUAACAAAUGAUAAAUAUAAUAUGUUAGCUAGUUAUUAAACGCUUGCAGGGGAUAUUCGAUUUUUAAAUCUUUGAACAAGCAAAGAGUCAAAAUACUGUAUAUAAACAUCAUGUGUACCGUUAAGCACUCUAGUGUACUAUAUUUUUUAUUAACUUACAUAUAGUGUUAACAAAAUUAAGUGCUAGAUGUAAUUAAAAUUAAUUAACGCUGUAAUUAAAAAAUACGAAAUGAGUAUGAACUAGUUAAAACGUUUAAAUACUAAAUAUUAAAGUAAAAAAAUCACAAGAAUUCAAAGGUGGGCUUAUAGGGCACAUAAAUGGAGACUUAUUGAUAGAUUACCGGUGUUUUUCAGACCGUUUAAUCAAAAAGGCUUAACGCACCACUAUCAGCUUUCAAGUUCGAAUAAAAAUUUUUACAUAUAAAUUAAUUCAUAUUAUGUAAAAAAUUUAUUUUAGUUUGUAUUCUAUUUAUAAUCGUUACACACACAAUUAAGUUAAUUAAUUGUAUAAGUAUUUUAUCGUUAGUAAUUGUACAGUACAACAACAACCAAACAUAUUGCACACAUAUCAAUUGGUUAGUUUAAAUAAUGGUUUUUAUUAAAUUUAGUCUUCAUUAAGUUUAAUUUAUGCAUCGAAUCAUUCAAGUUGUAUUAGUAAUAUUGAUUUAAAUCAAGAGCAAAAACGAACAAACCAACGAUUUUAUUAUUCACAGCAAAUUAUUUGCGUUUAUUAUGUUUUCAAGCGUAAGUUUUGUAAGCUUUUGAAGAGUUUAAGUUCAUUCAUAGAUAUAGGUAUUUGUAAGAGAUAGUUGUCGGCAUACACCUAUCCCUACAUACAUGUACAUUACGUACUCGUAUUAACUGAAGUUCUUAUAUGAAUUAAAAAUCGUUAUAAAUAAAUCCUUAUUCUAUAUAUAAUCAGCUGAUAAUACAUAAAACUUAAUAAUCCAAUAAAUAUAUUAAAAUAAAUUCGUUAAGGUGAAGAAA